CCCCCGCACAUCUGGGUUUUUCCCUGCCUAACCUUGAUGCUAGACCCUACAAAUCUCCUAAAUACAGUAGCUGUAAUAAUUCUGGAGCGUUUUGGUAAGCUUUUUUUUGUCGAUUUGAUAGAUCUGACUAACUAGCUAUUAGCCUCUGUAGUGCCUUUUAUACAAUGGCUGCGGUGCCUACCAAGUCUACGCCCACCAAGUCUAUCCCGACCGAGUCUAUCCCGACCGAGUCUAUCCCGACCGAGUCUAUCCCGACCGAGUCUAUCCCGACCGAGUCUUCAGUGCCUACCAAAUCAAGCCGCAAAUAUACGACUCUUGCCCAACGGGUACAGGCUCUGACUCUCCACGCAAGGGGAGCCAAGACAUCGGAAAUCGAGGCUAUAACUGGGAUGAAAGAGAGGGCAUUCUAUACAAUGUUGAACAGAGCAAAAGAGCGGGGAUAUAUACCAGGUGGCCCUGUCAAGGAUGAGCAUGUCGCAAAUGCUCCAAAAUCUGGAAGGCCGAAAAGGGUAACUAAACCUGUUGCCUAAGUUAUUGAACAGGUGGUAAAUAAGAAUAGUACCAUAAGACAAUACUCCUGCUAAC